AUGUCGAACAGACUAUGCAAGCUGACGGAAUAUGUACUCGACGCAGGUCCUGGACAGUCGACGUUCGUUCGAGGCAGUUGCACGGAUAAAAACUGGGGGGGAAGCUGUCCCAACUUCUGCGUCACGCCGAAGAAUGGAGAUACGCUAAGCGGAGCGAUGGGACUAGCACAGUGUGUUGGAAACAGUGUAGAUCAAUACUACUGUCUAGAUCGGGCUGUCGACACAUUCACGUUCAGCGUACACAAUCCCAGUCUCGCUUCAUCUAUGGUGUGCACAAGCUUCAGCAACCAGGUCUAUUUCCAAGGAACACCAACUACUGUCACUAUAAUCGGCGUUGCUACAACGUCGACCCCGGCGACGACGGUCGCUACAACGACAUCAACCACAAAUUCCUUGAGUACCACUUCAACGCAGGUGACCGCACAGAUAACCUCAUCGAUAUCAUCGCCUCUAGAGACCGGUCAAUCGUCAUCUGGACCAAGUUUAGGCGUCGCUGUGGGAGCAGGGGUUGGUGUCCCAAUGGGCAUAAUUGCAAUCAGCGUUGUCGCCUACAUUUUGUGGAAACACCGGCGAUCUAAAAAGCGCGAAAUGCAACACGAAACGGCUCAAUUGCAACCCCCUAAUCCCGACCAUCUUGAGCAUCAUUCGAAGUACGAAGUUGAAAAGCAGCAGCAUGGCCUCGUCUCAUUUUCACAGCCUGUCGAGAUAGGCCGGCAGUCCCCACCACAUGAGCUGUCUGCGCAUGAUCAUGAUAGCUGA